GCACUGGGUCGGGCGGACCCCCUGCAGCCCGAUGGGGGCGCAGGAGGCGGCUGCAAGCAGCCACGAGGUGGCGUCCACGAAAAGGAGCCGCUCAUCCCGGGCAGCGCGCAGACUCCCCCGAGCGCCCCGGGGCGGGCUGCGACUCCCUGCCCGCCUGGGGGACGGGGGCGCGGGCGCGGCGAGGACUUAACCCGUGGUGGGUUUGGUGGUGGUGAUGGUGAGGGCAGGUAAGGGCACUGACAAUUUUGGCCAAGGGUCACACAGCAUUUACAUCACAAUUGGGCCGGAGUUUUAAAAUGUCUGGCCCUCUCCCUCCCCACCACCCGUGGCUGCUGUGUCCAGACGGAGAAUGUUCUAGCGCUGGGAGCGGCUGCGCAUGAAGUCCUUGGGGGGAAAAGGAGCAGGCCAAGGGCGAUGGUGGAGUAGAGCUGCCUCACAGAGGCAGCAUGAGCUGAGAGGGUGAUAGGAAGGAAGGAGGCGCUAGACAGCAUGGAGGACUUUCUGCUCUCCAGUGGGUACCAGCUGGGCAAGACCAUUGGGGAAGGGACCUACUCAAAAGUCAAAGAAGCAUUUUCCAAAAAACACCAAAGAAAAGUGGCAAUUAAAAUUAUAGACAAGAUGGGAGGGCCAGAAGAAUUUAUCCAGAGAUUCCUGCCUCGGGAGCUCCAGAUUGUUCGCACCCUGGACCACAAGAACAUCAUCCAGGUGUAUGAGAUGCUGGAGUCUGCUGACGGGAAAAUCUACCUGGUGAUGGAACUGGCUGAAGGAGGGGAUGUCUUUGACUGUGUGCUGAAUGGGGGGCCACUGCCCGAGAGCCGGGCCAAGGCCCUCUUCCGUCAGAUGGUCGAGGCCAUUCGCUACUGCCAUGGCUGUGGUGUGGCCCACCGGGACCUCAAAUGUGAGAACGCCUUGUUGCAGGGCUUCAACCUGAAGCUGACUGACUUUGGCUUCGCGAAGGUGUUGCCCAAGUCACGCCGGGAGCUGAGCCAGACCUUCUGCGGCAGCACAGCCUAUGCCGCCCCCGAGGUGCUGCAGGGAAUCCCCCACGACAGCAAGAAGGGGGACGUCUGGAGCAUGGGUGUGGUCCUGUACGUCAUGCUCUGUGCCAGCCUACCUUUUGACGACACAGACAUCCCCAAGAUGCUGUGGCAGCAGCAGAAGGGGGUGUCCUUCCCCACUCAUCUGGGCAUCUCGGCCGAAUGCCAGGACCUGCUCAAGCGGCUCCUGGAACCAGAUAUGAUCCUCCGGCCCUCAAUCGAAGAAGUUAGUUGGCAUCCGUGGCUAGCAAGCACUUGAUAAAAGCAAUGGCAAGUCCUCCCCAAUAAAGCAGGGGGAGAAAGCAAACCCAAAAACCCGCUUCUAAGAU